UUUUUGUUUCUAGGAAUGGUGCAAAAGCUGGACCAAAAACUUCCGGUGGCUAAUGAGUACCUGUUGCUCUCUGGAGGAGUCCGGGAAGGUGUGGUGGACCUGGACUUAGAUGAGCUGAACGUCUAUGCCCGGGGCACUGACUAUGACAUGGACUUUACCCUUUUGGUGCCAGCCCUAAAGCUGCAUGACCGUAAUCAGCCUGUGACACUCGAUAUGCGCCACUCAGCCUUGUGCCACUCCUGGCUGAGCCUUCGGCUUUUUGAUGAGGGGACAAUCAGUAAAUGGAAAGACUGCUGCACCAUUGUAGACCACAUCAGUGGCGCUACCAACUACUUCUUCUCCCCCACCAAAGUGGCCGACUGGUUCUAUGACUCCAUCAGCAUUGUCCUAUCAGAGAUACAGAAGAAGCCCCAGCGAGGGAUGCCAAAGGUGGAAAAAGUAGAAAAAAAUGGGACCAUCAUCUCCAUCAUUCUGGGCGUGGGGAGCAGUCGCAUGUUGUAUGACAUCGUCCCUGUUGUAUCUUUCAAAGGUUGGCCUGCAGUGGCCCAAAGCUGGCUUAUGGAGAACCAUUUUUGGGAUGGGAAAAUUACCGAGGAAGAGGUCAUCAGUGGGUUUUAUUUGGUGCCUGCUUGCUCCUACAAGGGUAAGAAGGACAAUGAAUGGCGGCUCUCUUUUGCCAGGAGUGAGGUGCAAUUGAAGAAGUGCAUCUCUAGCAGUCUCAUGCAGGCUUACCAGGCCUGCAAAGCCAUCAUCAUUAAACUCCUGUCCCGGCCCAAGGCUAUAAGUCCCUAUCAUCUGCGGAGCAUGAUGCUCUGGGCGUGCGACAGACUUCCUGCCAACUACUUGGCUCAAGAAGACUAUGCAGCCCACUUUUUGCUGGGCCUCAUUGAUGACCUGCAGCACUGUCUGGUCAACAAGAUGUGCCCCAAUUAUUUCAUCCCUCAGUGCAACAUGCUGGAGCACCUGUCGGAGGAGACGGUCAUGCUCCAUGCCCGAAAGCUCUCCUCUGUCCGCUCGGAUCCGGCAGAACACUUGCGCACCGCCAUCGAGCACGUCAAGGCAGCCAACCGACUGACGCUGGAGCUCCAGCGGCGAGGCAGCACCACCAGCAUCCCCUCCCCGCAGUCUGACGGAGGGGACCCCAACCAGCCUGAUGACCGACUGGCUAAAAAACUGCAGCAGCUAGUGACUGAGAAUCCGGGGAAGUCCAUCUCGGUCUUUAUUAACCCUGAUGAUGUCACAAGGCCCCAUUUCAGAAUUGAUGAUAAAUUUUUUUGAGUCUUUUGCUGACACACACCUCUCCCCCACCCUCUUCUAAAACCUCUCAUAACAUAUAGUGUGGCUUGUGAUUCUGUCCUGUUUUUUACAUAUCCAGUGUAGAUUGGAUUUGUUAAGAACAAAUUUUAUGUUUCCUGGUUCUGCAGGAUGGUGCAGGCUCUGAAACAGUAUCUUACUAUUUCAUAUUCUGCCUCUGAAUUUGCUGUUUACGUUUUGUAGUUAUUGUUACAUAGUUUUGUUUAAUAAUUUGUUAAUGUUAUUUUUAAGGAGAACUUGAGCCAUAGAUGAAAAUGCCCACAAAUCCUUUGCUUUUUUUCUGUUUCAUACUUGGUGCAAAUUUGUUAAUGGGUCUUGGGAAACAAAUCUCUUUCUGACACUUCAGAAUUCCCUGUUUUUUGUUUUGUUUUUCUCUUUAUUUUUCUAUUAAGUCUUCACCACUAUGGAUAUUUGAGAAUCUGAACCUGGGAACUACUUGGCAUGUUGGCUGGCUUUCUUUCUUCAGCCAGAGUACCUUCCCCCUUUUCCACCAAACAAUGUAAACUUUGAAAGUAAUAAUGCCACAAAUUGUGUUUUGGAGCAACUUCUUUGAAUGUAAUUGUUCUCAAAUAAGCGAACAUUGGAUGGUUUGGAGAGUGCGUUUGAUAGCUUUCCAAGCAGAAUUAAGGUUUCCAAAUGUUAGUUUUAGAGUGUGUAAUUAUUUGAAGCCUUAUUUAAAUCCUAUAAAAGAACAUACCAUUAUAAUUGUUAUUUGCACUAAUGAAUUCUUUGCCAUUGUCAGUUGAAAUGUGUGUUUCAGUAUAAAUUAACAUCCACUCUUGAAAUGCUGUCAUAUUUUCAUUUAGCCCAUUUCUCUCGGUCAAUAGAAUGAUUCUUUGCAUUUGUUUAGUUCUCCUUUGAUUGUGGGGUCCUGUUUUGCCCUCUUUGAUAUUCCUAGUUCCUGUGUUACUCAGAGAAAUUUUUAAAGCUUUAUAUCUGUUCAUUGACUCUCUGUAAAGCUGGGGAAGAUACAUACUUGAUUAAGUAGGAGUCUUUGUAUUUAUUUCUUUUUGGAAUUCCAGAGGUAAAGUUUUUUUUUUUAUUUGUUUUGUUUUGUUUUAAUAAACUUCCUUUACUUCUCAUGAGAUUUUUGAGGAAAACAAGCAGGAAGAAUUUAUUAUCCCCCAAUUGAAGAUACCAGAUCUGUCCAAAAGCAGGAACCAGGAAGAAUCUGUGGGUAGUGGCAUUGGAAUGGAGGUGUCAUUUCUUCAUGAAUGAAAUUUCUUGCCAGGUUUAGGUACUGCAAGGCAUUGGCUCCCUAUUUUGAUAUGGACUCAUGGCAAACUGGUGUUCAAGGGGUCGGAGAGCCUGCUAAUCUCCCAAAGGACAUUCAUGAUUUUUACUAUUGGAAAAGUCAAGCAACAUACUGGUUUUGGUCUUGAAUGUCCAAACUUAUAGGUUGGAUUUUGGCCAUUGGAAUUAGGCAUAUAUGGUCUUGGGUAUUUGCAUGGGAAUUAAUGUAAUGCUUAUAAAUGAAAAUGAAAUUAUUCAGCAAUCUUAA